AUGAUGUGCCCAAUCUCUUACAAAAACUUGCUUAGAGAAGAAGACUACUUUCGCUCUCAUUACAGAAUCGUCAUUCUUCUCAAGCUCACUGAUGCUCCGGACACUAUCCAUUACACCGAUCGAAACAUUCACACAGCCAUCAUGAGUGUCCACGGUAGCCUCUCUAUUUUUGAAGACGGUCCUGAAUUUAGAAGCGAUGAGAAUGGCGCUUUCUAUAGACAAAACGAUGCAAUUGUCAACGCUCGUGUCAAGCUUGUUGAAUGGUUCAAGGCAAGAUUCCACAAUCCACAGCUUGAAAUGUAA